GUUCCUAGUCAGCCACACCUACAUAAUUUCUUCCACCCAUUCAUCCCACGUCAAGCAUUCCAUCUCUGAGGGCAGAGAGCCCGGAGAAACUAAUGGCCGAGUCGGCCAUUGGCUCCGUGCUUGGCAACGUGAGCACCCUUGCGGUCCAGGAGACCACAUUCCUAUGCGGCGUCAACCUUGAAGUGGGAUUCUUGAAGGAUGAGCUGAGGCGGCUAAAGAGCUACCUUAAAUCCGCCGACGCCAAAAGGAGAUCAGGAGAUGAGCUUGUGGCUACCUGGGUCAGCCAGAUCAGGGAUGCGGCAUACGAGGCCGAGAAUGCCAUUGAAGCGGCCGACUACAUGGAGAAGAGAAACAGGCUCAAGAAGGACUUCAUGGGUGCCAUCUUGAGGUAUGCUCGCUUGCCAAGUGACCUGAUUGCCCUUCACACAAUUGGUGCUGAAAUACAGCGAGUAAAAAGGAAGAUCAGUGAGAUAUUUGAUAGUGCAAACCGUUUGAAAAUCAAUUUGGAUACUAGUGAUGUAGAAAAGGUUCAUAUUGAGGAUGAGUAUCCACAAGAUUAUGGGACUAUGCACCAAAACUUCGAAGAUAUUGACCUUGUUGGUUUUGGGGAUGAGUACAAAGAAAUAGUUGGCAAGUUAGUUGACAAAAAAGAGAACAUAACUCUUAGUGUUGUCUCCAUAGUUGCCAUGGGUGGGGCGGGGAAAACAACACUCGCUAGAAAAGUUUACACUUCAUCUUGUGUCAAACAACACUUUGAGGCAGCUUCUUGGGUCACUGUAUCUCAAAAAUUCAAGGGCAUUGAUUUACUAAAGGAUAUUAUGAAACAAAUUAUGGGGGCCAGAGAUGAGUCAAUUGCUCAGAUGAAUGAGUAUGAGGUGGGAAAGGAGAUCCAUGAUUUUCUAUUGCAAAAAAGAUACUUGGUAGUUCUUGAUGAUGUGUGGGAAACCGACACAUGGGACCAGAUAAAUAAAAGGGUUAAAGCUUUUCCAGAUGCAACUAAUGGUAGUAGAGUACUAUUAACCACUCGGAAGGAAGAUGUUGCAAAUCAUGUCCAAAUGCCAACCUAUGUUCAUCAUUUGAAGAAGUUAGAUGAAGAGAAAAGUUGGGAACUAUUUAGUUGCAAAGCUUUACCAUCAUACAAAAGGUCUGUCAUACGUGAUGUGGAUGAGUUUGAAAAACUUGGGAGAAAGCUUGCAAAGAAAUGUGAUGGAUUGCCACUUGCACUUGCAAUUUUGGGGGGUCAUCUCUCAAAAAAUCUAAAUGCACAAAUAUGGUCUGAUAUACUCUCUGAUUGGCCAUCAACCAAGAAUGGACAGAUGAUGCGAUUCAUACUGGCUCGCAGUUACAAGGACCUGCCAAAUUGUUAUUUAAGAGCUUGUUUUCUCUAUCUCGCUGCUUUUCCCGAGGACUACAUAAUAUAUGUGUCGUGUCUCAUUGAAUUAUGGAUAGCAGAAAGCUUGGUUCCACAUACACCAAAGCAUAUACUAGAAGAAACAGCACGGAAUUAUGUAACCGAAUUGGCUCAGAGAAGCUUGGUGCAGGUCCUUGACAGAAGUAAGGCACAUGGAUGGGUAGAGAGAAUAAGAAUUCAUGACAUUCUACAUGACUGGUGCACGGAAGAAGCAAGACAAGAUGGUUUUCUUAAUGCCAUCGACAAAACUGCAGGCCAAGCUGGUGCAUCAUCAUCAUCUGAUAACUUGAUAUCUUAUCGUUUUAGUUUUCAAACUUUGAGUGAUCAGCUUUUACCUGUGGCGCCUAAUGUCCGAAGUCUGCUUGGCUUUGAGCUUGAAUCAGUGUCCCUUCCUAAGCUGAGAUUCCUGAGAGUUCUUUGCAUUGAAAAUUCAACACUAAAAGAUUUCUCCAGUGUAAUUGGUGGGUGCAUUCACCUAAGAUUGCUUAGGUUGAGAUAUUGUGAAGGGGUGGCGCUCCCUUCUUCAAUUGGAAAACUCCUUUACUUGCAGACUAUGGAACUAUGGAACAGGCCAUUGCACCCACAAGUACCAAACUCUCUCUGCGACAUCCCUACUCUAAGGCAUGUUUACCUUCGCAAUGGGUUUUCUCCACCGCCACCUGCAAGGAGUGUGCGACUGCAGCCGAAAGAGCUACAGAGCUUUGUGUUGCAUCUUCAUCCUGUUGGCACUGAUUUCCGCUGUCAUGACAUGAUGAUUUUCUUGGGCCAGCUGAAUCAACUAAAAACCUUCUCCUUAUCGAUGUUGCCCUAUAUGCCAGCGGAGGUGCUCAACAUAUUUGCGAACAUGCCUCACCUGGUUGAUAUUAGUCUCAACCAAUUUGAUGUGCUCGACAAGAUGCCUGCUGAGUUCCCACAAAGCGUACGUCGUCUUGUUCUAGAUGCUGAUGUCAUAAAACAAGACCCGAUGCCGAUCCUGGAGAAACUCCCCUGUCUUGUGGUGUUGCAUUUGAAUGGGUACAGAGGCCAAACCAUGUGCUGCUCUUCCCAAGGGUUCCCUCGGCUGCAAGAGUUAGAACUUGAUUGUUUUUCCACCAAGGUGUGGAGGAUGGAGGAAGGGACAAUGCCAAAGCUCUCCCACCUGGCACUUAUGUGGUGCAUAAAGAUGAGCAAGCUCCCUGAUGGGUUGCUGCACCUUCCGUCCCUCAGUUACCUGAAACUGGGCUUUAUGGACCAGAUUUCUGAAGAUGACAGCACACUAAAGGAGCUGCGGCGGAAAGGAUGCGAGGUGGAAACUAUCUAGGCGGUGAUUGCAGAUUUGUGGGACGGAUGCGAGGAAUUCUCGUCUAAAAUUUGGCGCCCUCCUUGCUCCCCACACCCCGCCCUCAUUGCCUAAACCCUAAACCCUGUCCUUCCAGUCCUCAUGAUACCCCAAUUUCCUUCUCCUCCCUCCCUUGAAGGACGCCAUGGGCGAACGACACGACAGCCUCUCUCCUCCAGUGCCCCCUCGCUCCUCCUACUUCUCCGUCUAGAAUCUACAUCCGCCCUCCUGAUGCCAAUGUCGCCGCUUCCUCGUCCUCCAAUGUCGUCCGCCGUGUACAAGAUGGAGCUGAGGUGGUCUAGGAGAGGCCGUUGCCCAUCACGGACCUUCAUCCCUGGUGCCGAGGUCACUCCACCACCGGCCCCUUGGACCUCGCCCAAACUCCAAGCCUCUUUCCCUGGCGGUGGACUCUGCCGCUCCUUGUUCCCGACUUCUUCCUCUCGUCCCGCCGGUCCCGCUUCGAUCCCCGUGGAGAGACAGCGGUGGUGGCUCCAAGACCGCGGUGGCGUGUGUUGGAUGGGCGGUGAGUUUGGUGGAGCGUGACGGAUCGGUCGGGGUGGUGGGUGUGUGGUGGACGGGAGAAAUCCCUGUUGGCUUGGUCGGCACCGACGCGGCGGCGCCCGUGUGCGCCGUCAUUCCUUCCUGAAGGGCGUCGGGUACCCCCCUCACCCACUCCCCCUCGCGUAUCGGGGGAAACCCUACGACCUGUCCGGGCAGCAACGUCGUCAUCGUCGUGUUCCUUCUUGAAGGUGUUGCUUGGUAUGCGUGGGUCCGAAGCGCUAGGAGUGUGGUGGAUAUCUUCGGAGGGCGCAGCGGUUGCAGAGCAUCGUCGUUUUUCCAUUGAUCCGACUCUGUUGUCAUUCUUUUCUUUUGUAUUUUCUCUUCUGUUUCUUUUGGACGUGACUAUGCUGCAGCACCUAUCGCUAGUUGUAUCGGUUGGUUGCUUUGUAAUACAAAGCGGGGAACGCUUUUUCGGCAUGUACCAUACAUAAUGUACGUUUUCCUUUUUUUGUGUUUUUUGUACCGUGGCUUGGC